UACUUCGAGUAUCUGGCAGCUAUAGUGGCAACACUGAUUAUUUCAAAUUCAACGGCGGAAAGUUUAAAACAUUCGUAGCAAUAUUGUUUGAGUAAAUGUAACUUCGUAUGUAAUCACGAUGAUAAUUUUUAACUAAAUUUUAAAAAAUUAUAUUAAUAUUGAUUCCGUAUUAUUUUUGCUUUUGAGUGUAAGGUAAACUAUUUGUUUUUAAGAACUGAUUUAUGAAUAAAAUCAGUUAAUGAAGCAGAAGUGAUCUCACUUAAUGUGACAAUCUUCCGGACAAAUUAAAUACACCACCAUUUAAAUUGGAAAUGAAGAUUGGAGAAGAAAAUUUGCAAUCUUUGAUUUGGAAUGAGUUAAAAGAAUUGGGAGUUCGUUUGCCAAAAUGCAAGAGAAAAGUUAGUUACAAAAAGGAUGUUGUUUAUGAAUCAUGUCCUGAUCAGGUGUUUGGAGUUUUGCUAUCUAGUCAAGAAUGGAUAACGGUUGAUUGUCAUGGCACUCCAGUACCUAGAUUUUUAGCUAUUACAACUGAAUAUCUUUUGCAACAUAAGCAUCUUGAAGGAUUGUUUAGAAAAGUUGGAUCAAUUACGCGACAAAAAGAAUUAAGAAAAUAUCUGGAAAAUGGUGGAAAUCUUGAUUACGCUCAGCCUCAUGAUGUCUCUUCAUUACUUAAGCAAUGGUUUCGAGAAUUACCAGAACCAGUUAUUCCAAAAAAUGUACAAAAUAUUUUUCUCAGGUGUUAUCAAGUAGACCAAAAUAUAUCUGCUUGUUUGUUAGCUUGUCUUCUUCUUCCUCCAGACCACCUUUAUACCUUACAACAUACAGUUAAUUUUUUUUCAAAUAUUGCUAAAAACUGUUCUGAAAAUAAAAUGGAUUCUCACAAUCUUGCUUUGAUAAUGGCACCAAAUCUAUUACCAUCAUCACAUUCAACAACAGGAAAAGCAAACAAGUUGCUUGAAUAUCAGAUUGGAAUAGUGCGUCUUCUAAUUGAUAAUUCUGCUCAUGUUGGACAGUUUCCUUCUGACAUUGCUGAAAAAUUAGGUUAUCAUAAUGUAACAUUACAAAUUGAUUCAGAAAGUUGCUGUAAUGGAUCAGAGAAAUCUGAUAUUCCUGAUGAGCAACCAAAGGCAAAGAAGAAACGGCGCAGUGGAACCGUCCAAGAACUUGUAAGUGGAAUCCGAAAAUUUGUCACUCAUGGACGUGUUUCUGUUCAAACUACCUCAGAAAUCUCUUCAAAUUUGCCACCUCCUUUAGUAUUCACCUCAAAUGAGAAACAUUGCAAACCUGUAAAUAAAUCUGCAUCAAAGCGUAAAAUAAACAAUGAAAUUCAAUCAAGAGAAAAUAACUAUAAUCAAUCUUACCAAAAUGCAUUGUCUUAUGACAUAUUAAAUACAGAAAAAACAAAUGCAGAUUCUUUGGAAGUCACCUCAGGUUUAUCAGCUUGUGACAUGAUUUCUCUUAGUGAUAUUGAUUCCCCAAUUGGUAUGAUAUAUCAAACUCCAGUUAUUCAGACUAGAAGACGAUCACUAAGAUUACUAAAAAAUAAACAAAAGAAAAAUUCAAUUGAUAAUUCCAAAGGAUAUUUAAAAAUAUCAAAUAAGAACAUUAACAGUCCUCCAAAGACUUUUAUGAAGAAAGACGUUUUGCAAACAAAUAGCCAAUCACUUUCUUCUGUAGAAGAAUCGAAAGAAGUAGCUUUAAGCAGUAGUGAUUAUCAAAAUUUGGUACAAAACAAAAAUUUCAGCACCUCAGAAAUAAAAAUGGAUUGUACAGACGUAAAAAAUAUGACAAAUACUUCAAAAAGUUUAGUACAGCAAAAUUCUGAAAAAAGAGAGAGCUUUCUUAAUAAAAACUGUAAGAAAUUAAUUGAAAAUACAAAUUUAUCCUAUAAUAAUCCCAAACAAAAUGUAAACAAAGAAAUUUCUGUUCGUAAAAUUGGAAGUAAUCGUUUCAGAAAAAGUGGAUUAUUGUUGAAAGAAUAUAAGUCACCUGUUAACAAUGUAAAAGAAUUUUCAAGCAUUAAAAAUAAUAAUAAACCAUCAAAAUCAUUUAAUAAGUCAUCUUUACGCCGAGGACGUCCAAACACAUUGAAAACUGGUCUUCGUUCACCUUCCCAAUUCAAAAAUAAUUCUGAAUCUGUAAUGCAUAAAAGUACAGAUUCAUAUCUUCACAUACACUCUUCUGUAAAUGAUAAAUCUUGUAAAAAUAUUCCAUGUAAUGUAGAUAAAAAUAAGGAAUUGAAUGGAUUUGAAAUAUUUCAAGAUGAUGGAAAUGACAUAAAUAAUGAUGGAAAUUCAGAAAUUGAUGAAAAUGAAAAAGAACAUGAAAACUGUUAUUUUUCUAGAGAAAAUACUAUUACAAAAUGUUCUACUCCCAAAACAUUACAAAUUAAAUUUAAUUCACAAGAAGUUUUUCUUGAGAAUUCAAAAAAUUCAUCUAAUAUUAUUUGUUCAAAUUAUGAUAAUAUGAAUAAUAAUGAAAUAUGUUUUUCAGGACGUCAAAUCAGUCCUGUAAUUCAAAGUGCAGAAGAAAAAGAGAACUCAGCUCAGUUUAAUCAGUCAGAAAAUCCUUCCAAAAGCAGUGGUUUAUCUCACAUUAGUGAUAACUGUGAAAAUUUAAAUUAUUUGAAAACUGACUCUGGUGUUAAUGAUACAUCUGAUCUGAAUGUUUCACAAUUAAUAUCAGAAAAAUCAUUCGAUAAAGAUGAUAAUUCAAACUUAACUGAAUUUCAUUCAUUUAAAAACAUGGAUAUUUCAGAAAAAGAUGGUUGUACUUCAUCAGACAUUCCAGGUAAUUUACAAUGGGUUAGUGCUAAAAAUUAUUUUUCAAAUUGUGAAGUUAGUACAGAUGAACAUGUAAAAAGAGAGAGUAUUAUACAGUUACGAAUUAAAAAUGCAGGAAUGGUGCAAGCAAACAUUCAGCGUUAUAACAACAUUGAAAGUGAAACUAAUGGAGGCAAUCCAAAAGAUUGUAAAGCUCAAAAAACUGAAGCAGUCACUCCAGUUCGUAUCCCAAGUAUUUUUAAGAGGAACGAUUUUGGAACAAGAUCACUUUAUAGAAAUAUUAAGCUAACUGAAAACUCAAAUCAUCAUAAUUCCAGUUUAAUCCAUAGAUCAGUUAGCAUGAAAGAUAAAGAUCACGAAUUUAAGAUUCCCACACCAAUGAGUUUGAAAAAACAUACCAAAACAAAUGUUACUCCUUGUACUAACAAACCAAAAGUGUCAAAUAGAAUACCUCGAUCAGCAUCUAGCAAGACAAGUAAAGAAAUAUUAAGAAAUUCAAUUAAUGAUGCCAAACAUCAUUCCCUGAGAUCAUCCGCUAGUCCAAUAGAUCAGGACUCUUACACCACAUAUUUAAAUAAUUCGUCCAGGAUAGCUUCGUUAGAUUUCGGUUUCAUUGAUGAAUGGCAAAUGGAAAUGUGAUAUUUGUAUAAUAAUAAUCAUAUCUUGUUUACUCAGCUAUUCAGAAUUGAUUGAUAAUUUUCUUUAUGUACAGUUUACUUUCAUUGUAAUAUUGAAAAAAUAUAUAUAAUUUUAAUUCAUUCAAAGGGCCUGAGUAGUUAUUUUGUGUGUACUCAAAAUUUUAUAAUAAUCUUGGUAUGAAUUUAAUUAGCAGAGAAAAGAUGGUGUAAUGCUGUAAAUAUAACAUUUUAAUUGUAUUUUAUUUUGAAUAAGCAAUAUGAUUAAAUAAAUGUCCCUUAAUAAAAGUUUGUUACAAGGUUCCAUUAAAAAAUGCAUUUUGUA